AAGCUAUGAUGAGGACUCAAGAAUUAGAAGAGAAGAAAGAGAUUGAGAGAUGGGAUUUAGCUGAAAAGCAGAUGGAGGAAGCAGGAAAGGAAGAGGAAAAGGAGGAGUGGAAGAGAAUCCCACCAUGGACUAAGCAGAUAACAGCACGUGGGUUAAUUGCAAGCUUGUUGAUAGGGUCUCUCUACAGUAUCAUAUCGAUGAAGCUCGUUCUCACCACAGGCGUGGUUCCAACCCUCAACGUGUCUGCUGCGCUUAUGGCCUUCUUAUCAGUCAGGGGAUGGACGAAGGUGCUUCAUAAGUGUGGAUUUGUUUCUACUCCCUUUACUCGCCAAGAGAAUACUGUCAUCCAGACCUGUGCAGUUGCAUGUUAUACCAUUGCUAUGGCAGGUGGGUUUGGGUCAUACUUGUUGGGAUUGAACAAGAAGACAUACGAACUAGCAGGGGUUAAUACAGAAGGGAACCUUCCAGGGAGCUACAAGGAACCUGAGAUGGGGUGGAUUGUUGGUUACCUUUUCGUUUCUUCCUUUGUUGGCGUCUUGACCUUGGUUCCUCUUAGAAAGAUCAUGAUAAUUGACUACAAAUUAACUUAUCCGAGCGGCACCGCAACUGCAGUUCUUAUUAAUGGUUUCCAUACUCCCACGGGUGAUAAAAUUGCCAAGGAACAAGUCCGGGGAUUUUUGAAGUACUUUUCAAUCAGUUUAAUGUGGGGUUUCUUUCAAUGGUUUUAUUCUGGUGGAGGAGACCAAAAAUGUGGAUUUUCACAGUUCCCCAUUUUUGGGUUACAAGCUUGGAAGCAAACAUUUUACUUCAAUUUCGACAUGACUUAUGUUGGAGCAGGAAUGAUUUGUUCACAUCUUGUGAACUUGUCUAUGAUUCUUGGGGCUGUUCUUUCAUGGGGUAUAAUGUGGCCAUUGAUAAGUCAACUUAAAGGAGAUUGGUAUCCUGAAACUAUACCUGAAAGUAGUAUGAAAAGUCUGAAUGGCUACAAGAUUUUCAUUGCGAUGGCUCUUAUAUUAGGAGAUGGACUCUACCACUUUCUCAAGAUAAUGUAUACUAUUGGUAGAAACAUUCAAGUGGGAUUCAAUAAAAAGAAACUUGACUCAGAACACGAGAAUCAAGGCUUUGAUGAUCUUCAAAAGAUAGAAUUGUUCAUGAGAGAGAGCAUUCCAGUAUGGAUUGCUUGUGUAGGAUACAUUUUCUUCUCUAUUGUUUCUGUCAUUGCGAUUCCAAUGAUGUUCCCCCAACUGAAGUGGUACUUCGUCGUUGUAGCCUAUGUUAUUGCUCCCCCUUUAUGCUUCUGCAAUGCUUAUGGCACCGGUUUGACAGACAUGAACAUGUCUUACAACUAUGGAAAAAUAGCCCUCUUUGUGAUUGCUUCUAUAGUAGGGAAAGACUCUGGAUCAGCAGUUGCUGCACUUAUUGGAUGUGGUUUGAUCAAAUCUGUGGCCCAAAGCUCUUCUGAUUUAAUGCAUGAUUUUAAAACAGCAUAUCUCACUCACACUUCCCCUCGCGCAAUGAUAAUAUGUCAGCUUAUUGGAACAGCCGUAGGUUGCAUUGUAGGUCCUCUUUCAUUUUUUCUCUACUAUAAGACCUUCGACAUCGGAAACCCAGAUGGAGAUUUCAAAGCUCCAUUUGCACUAAUCUACAGGAACAUGGCAAUCCUUGGUGUUGAAGGCUUCUCUGCUCUGCCCCAACAUUGUUUGCAGUUAUGUUAUGGCUUCUUUGCCUUUGCAGUGGGAGCCAACAUGAUAAGGGACUUUUCUGGACCCAAGAUUGGGAAAUGGGUGCCAAUACCAAUGGCCAUGGCAGUGCCUUUUAUCAUUGGAGCCUACUUUGCAAUUGAUAUGGGUCUUGGGAGCUUGGUUGUGUAUGUGUGGCAUAAGGUGAACAACAAGAAGGCUAGUAUUAUGGUUCCAGCAGUUGCAUCAGGGUUGAUAUGUGGAGAUGGGCUAUGGAUCCUCCCUUCAGCCAUGCUUGCUUUAGCGAAGGUUAAUCCCCCUAUGUGUAUGAGAUUCUUGCCUUUCCGGAAGUAGUAGAGUUAUAGCAAUGUGGAAAUGGAAGAAAGAUGGUAGAUAGGUAUGAGAAUCUACUCCUGUUAUGAAUAAUAUGGAAACAUUAAUUGUUGUACCAAACUGAGCGACAUUGAUCAGGAACUGAUUGUGAAUGGGCUCAUGUUUUUGAAGUGGCAAC